GAUUUAAAUUUUUAUUUACUUUUCGUUGAGUGAAUAGAAUGUGAUAUUCAUUUAAAUUAGUUUAAUGUUUAUUGCUAACUCAAAAUGCUUCGAGAUAACAUUUCUAGAGAGGCGGAACUUCAAAGCCUUUUACGAGACGAAAGAGACAGAUGUAGCCAGUACAAGCAGAUAUAUCAGACACUGAAAGACAAACAUGCCGAGUUACAGGAGGAACUGCAGUCUAUUUAUGAACAACUAAAAGAUGCUGUAGCACAAAAUGAACAGAUGAAGUCAUCUAAUGAAUCUUAUAUUCAUCAUUUACAAGCUAAAAUAAAAGAACAACAGGGUGAAUUAAAUAUUUUAAAAGGAAAGUUACAGUCUCAUGAUCCCAAGAAGAUUCAGACAGCGGUACUGGAAGAGGCAACCAAGCAUUAUGAACUGAAAAUGAAAGAACUCCAUUCAGAAGUUGAUAAGUUGCGAGAACAGUAUAAUAAUUUGCAUUUUGAGAAUGCAGUCCUUAAGUGCCAGUUCAAAAGUCAUGAAUCAGAAUAUUCAAGAAAUUUAGAAAGAAUGAAAUUGCAACAUCUUGCCGAAGUUGAACAACUGCAAAAUAAGGUGGAGACUUUAGAAAAGGAAAAGUCUCAGCCUUCUGAUACUUAUGCUAUGGAGCUGAAAUCUGCAAAGCGAGACCUUCUACAGUUAACCUCAAAAGUAAAAGUUUUGCAGGCUGAAUGUGAAGAGCUGCGGGCACAAAAUGAAAAUCAGUCUCUUCAAAUGAAUAGUCUUAACAGAACUCACUCUAAGCAACUUGCUGAUCAUAUGAAUAAUAUCAGAGCUCUAGAGUCUGAGAAGUCAAAACUGAUAAUGCAGAAGGAGGUUUUAGAAAAAGAAUUAGCUAACUGCCAAGAACAUCGAAAGACAUUAAACAAUGAGUUACAAGUCUGCCGCCGUGAAAUAUUUUCUCUCAGAAGCAAAGCUGAAGAAUGUGAGCAUAAAUGUCGCAUGGUAACUACAAAUUUACAAGUUGAAAUGGAACAAUGGAAGGCUGAGAAAGAAUCUGAACAAGAGCGAUUGCAUGAUGAAAUAGCAAGACUCAAGGCUGAAUUACAAGCACUGAAAGAUAGCUUGGUGCUUGAGCAACAAACUGUGAUAACCAAAGAGCAAGAUUAUCAACAAAACUUGAUAACUGCCAGACAGCAAUUUUGGAAACAAAUUAAUGAGCUUAAUCAGGAAAAGGACAAACUAGAAAGGAAAAUCAAAGAAAUUGAAAGUAACAGAGAUCAAGCUGUUUCACAAUUAAAUCAUGAACUUCAAAUUAUGCAGCAAAAGUUACAACAGAGCUUUACAUUGAAAACAGACCUUGAAAAAGAACUUGUGGCAAUGAAAGAUGAGCUAGAUAAAACAUUAAAAAGCUCAGCUGUAGCAGCUGAUGAAAAUCUAUCAAAAGAGAGUUGUUUAAACUAUAGGAAAGAAAUCCAGGAAUUAAAAGAAAGAAUUGAUGUUUUAACUGCUAGAGGUAGUGAUAUUUCUCUAGAGAAAGAAAAAAUACUAAGAGAAACUAUAGCAGCAAGUAUACCACAACAUGUGCAUGGGAAUGAAAAUGAAAUUCUGCAGCUCAAAUUAAGUUGGGAACAGCAGAAACUCCAGUUUCACCAGCGUCUUGAAGAAUUAGAAUCUCAACUAAAAGAAACAAAAAAUUCUUAUGCAGCUGAGAAAAGAGAAUUAGAAUUUAAAAUGAAGCAAUAUUCUACCUUUAUUUCAAAGCUUAGGAAAAAACUUGAAGAUCAGAAAACCCGUAAUGAAGAACUGGAAUUACAAAAUGAGGAGUUGGAAAAAAAUGUUCCUCUUGAUGCUCACAUACAAGUAAAAAAUAGACUUAAAGAAUUGCAAAAACGACUAGAAGAAUACAGGCGUGUGAUUGCUACAGGCCCAAGUAUUUCACUCUCUGAUAAACUGCUGACAGAAAUACAAAAUAUCCCAUUGUUAACAUUUCCAUUUGAGGAUUCCAUGGAGAAACAUGGAUUAUUAAAACCAGAAAAUGGCAGUUCAGCAGAAAAAUUACCUAAAAAACCACAUCGGCCUCGCCGACGAUUUCAGAAAAAUAGGGUUAAAGGCCAACAGAUGAGCAAAAUUACAAGUCCUGUAGUUACAUCAAGUAGUGAUCUGGAAUUGGAAAAUUUAUGACCUAUAAUUAUAUCUAAUGUUUUUUAAAUUGUACAUAUUUUAAAGCAAAUUAUUUCAUAAAAUAAUAUAUUUUUUUACUGAAUAAUAAUAUUAGCAUUCAUUGUGGAGUGUAAAAAAGUACACUUUAAAACUGCUGUGUAACUGCUAAACAUACAUAUAUGUUGAAAGGCUUAUAUGGUUUGCGCGAUGCUUAGUAAUUUUUUGUCAUUAACAAGGUAUGUUUCUUCUCUGUAAAAUUCACUUGUAAUUUGCUUUUUGGCAUUAUAUCCUUUUAAUUAUUUUUUCUCUACAUUUGCUGCAUGUACAAUUACUAUUUGGUUGCACAACAUGGCACUGUGAUACUGAUAAAAUUUCCGUAUUUGUACUUUAGAUUUGUGCAAUAUUAUUUCAUAUUUUUUUAUUUAUUAAAUAUAAGAUGAUGCAAUAUUUAUAAAUAGUAUUUUAGGUGUUAUGAUAACAUACUUAAGGCAGGAUAUUGUUAGAUUAUUUUUAUUGUCAGAACUUAAUUAACAAAGUUGAAAACCGUUAAAAUGCAAGUAGAAAAUGAAUCAUUAUUGUAUUUAUUACACAUAGAAUCAUAAUAAACAAAUCAUCUUUUCACCGGGAGCUUUUUCUAGGAGGCGACUGAUAUCAUACCCACAAGAUGGGGGAGAUGCACACGAAUAAUCAAGCCUUAUGCUGUACUGAACUCACACACUGGAAUUCAGACAAGCUAUCGGUCUCUGCUAACCACUAGACCAGUGUGGUAUUUUCAUAGAUGAAUGAGUUAUCACAUACAUCCAUGAAAUACAUAAUAAAUAUGUAUAGAUGCACAGAAUGUGUUGAUAUACAUUUCUUGAAUAUAAAUGAAUAGUUAACAGCCAAUUGUCAUUCACUCAUGUAAAAUAUUUUAUUUAUAAUUGUACAUGUUUGCGCAUGCUCUAAUAGCAGCAGCGCCCCCGAGCGGAGAGCGGCAGAGAUGAGAUGAAAAGAAUGGCUGACAACCGCCAUUUGAAUCAUAUGUGAACGUAGUUAUGAAUAAACAGUUAUAGCUGUAAAAGAGUAAAUGUGAUUAUUUUGUGUAAGAGUGUCCUUAACAUGGUCCAUCAUGAAGAAGCCAGAGACCUGUGGAUGAUGUGAAAAAUUGUUGAAUUACGAAGUGCGUAUGAGUGACAGUGAUUUCCAUCGAGUCCAUUUAUCGAGUGAAUGAUCCCAGUGAUUUGAGGGGGGCAUGUUUGAGCAUGCUCUAAUAGCAGCUGCGCCCCCGAGCGGAAAGCGGCAGAGAUGAGAUGAAAAGAAUUUCUGAGAACAGCCAUGUGAAUGAUAUGUGAACGAAGUUAUGAAUAAACAGUUAUAGCUGUAAAAGACUAAAUGUGAUUAUUUUAUGUAAGAGUAUCCUUAACAGUACAUAUGUUUGUAUAAUUUUGUAUUAUUUUGAAAAUAAGACUGCCGUAAAUAUUUAUUAUGACAACUGCAUAUGUAUGUGUUUUAAAUUUUUUGUAAAUUCCUAAUUCUGCCUUGUAUAAUUUUCCAAGACUGUAAUUAAUUAAAUUAAAAUAUUUUAUCAAA